CACGUGGCAUCCACUCUCGCCUUCAUGCACUUCCAUUCCAACCCCAAUUCAUCAAUAAGCAAUGCAAAAAAGAUUGACAAUUUUUCCCUUCCUCUUCUUCUUCAUUUUUUCCCCUCGAGCAAUCAAUCAUUAUUGCCGUCGAUCUCCGAAAUUAAAACCGCCGCCGCGCCGGGAUGGACAUGCGGGUGCCGCCACCGCCGGGACAGCUACCCGGUGACCCGGAGAACAAAUGCGAGGCCAUAAUACACAUCCAUUCGCCCGGGGUGUGGGACGUGGGGGACCCGAACUACCCGAGAGGACUCUUCGACCAUACGCUCCCCCUUCUCCUCCUCCAAUUGUGCAUCGUCUUUGCCCUCACCCAAUCCCUCUAUCUCCUCAUCAAACCCGCCCGUAUGCCCCGCAUUGUUGCCGAACUUCUGGCAGGGAUAAUACUGGGUCCUACAGUGCUGGGGCAGAUACCUGGCUUUACAGACAAGAUCUUCCCUCCGAAAGGGCAUGUGUACCUAGACUUGUUGUCCAAAAUAGGAUACAUCUUCUUCAUAUUCCUCAGCGGGGUGAAGAUGGACCCCACGCUGGUCCUAAAAUGUGGGAGAAAGGCUUGGACCAUAGGAGUCUUGGCCGUCGUUCUUCCCUUUGCUGUUUUCUCCAACUUCUCUGCACAGCUCACCAACUACCCUUCAAUCCAUAGGUAUAGAAGGGUGGCCAUAAAGUCCAUCUUCUCCAUUCAAUUCCUCUCCUCCUUCCCCGUCACCGCCUCCCUCCUCGUCGACUUGAAAAUAAUCAACUCCGAGCUGGGCCGCCUGGCCCUCGCCGCGGGGUUGGUCAGCGACUUGCUGAGCAACGCCGGGUCGUCUUACUUCUCGUACGUCAAGAUUGCGACCUCGUCCGUGCUGCCGGUGAUGUCGUUGCAGGCGUUCGUCCUCACCUUCGGCGCCUUCGCCUUCAUCUUCUCCAUCGUGCGCCCGCUGACCGCUUGGAUCAUCAAGCGGACGCCCGAGGGGAAGCCCGUGGACACGGCAUUCGUCGUCCUUUUGUCGUUUUUCGUCUUCUUCGCAGUGGUCGUCACGGACAACGUGGGCCUGAGCUACCAGUACGGCCCGUUCAUGCUCGGACUGAUGAUCCCGGACGGGCCGCCGCUGGGGUCCACGCUGGUGGAGAAGCUGGACACGAUCGUGACGGGGCUGAUGGCGCCGCUGUUCUUGACAUAUUGUGGACUGAAGGUGAAUCUGGUGGAGCUCUAUGACCUCUACUUUGUGAUAGUGGUGUUGGUCACCAUUUCAGUGUCACUUAUGGUGAAGUACAUGGCAGUUUUCUUUCCAAGCCUGGCCUGCAAUGUCCCUCCUAAAGAUGCCCUUUCCCUUGCCUUCAUGAUGAACACACAAGGCAUUGUUCAAAUGUCUUUCUAUUACAACAAUAUCAUCAAUCAGACAUUUGAUGCAGAAACCUUUUCCAUGUUGACAUCGUCGGUACUAAUCACAGCAGCGGGAACGCAUCUCCUCGUCGGCUUACUAUACGACCACUCCAGCACCUACUCCGGCUACCGGAAAAGAAACAUCGAGAACAGCUCCGCCACCUCCGAGCUGAGGAUCCUCUCCUGCAUCCACAGGCCGGAGGACGUGCUGGCAGCAAAGCGGCUGUUAGACUCCUCUUUCCCUUCGAAAGAGAGCCCCCUGUCGGUGUACGCCCUCCACAUGGUGGAGCUGGUGGGGCAGGCCACCCCUUUGCUCAUAGACCACCAGCUGGGGCAGAAACAUUCGUCCCGAGUUAGCAACUCGCGGUCACAGAAGAUCGUGGACAUGUUCCAGUCGUUCGAGCUGCAACAUGCCGAGUCUGCGACCGUGCAGUUCUUCACCGCAAUAUCAAUGCCGAGGUUCAUGCACCACGACAUUUGCUCCUUGGCUUUCGACAAGCUUGUGUCUUUCAUUAUCCUUCCCUUCCAGAGGAAGUGGAACAAUCAGGGUAGGAUGAUCUCAGACAACCCGGUGGUGAGAACCAUUAACACCAACGUUCUCGACAUGGCCCCAUGCUCGGUCGGCAUUCUGAUAGACCGACACAAGAUCAGGAAACAGGUGGGGACCGUCGGGUCUGCGUACCGCGUGGCGGUGGUAUUCAUGGGCGGGCCCGACGACAGGGAGGCCCUGUCGUACGGGAAGCGCAUGUGCGGGUCCCCGGACGGCGGGGUCCAGCUGACCGUCUUCCGGUUCGUGACGCUGAACCCGUCGGAGAUGGGGGAGAACCAGUGGGACGCGGUGCUAGAUGCGGAGAUACUGAAGAGCGUGAGGCUGUUGGGGCAGCAGCAGGACAAUGUGGCGUACAGGGAGGAGAGGGUGGCGGACGGGGCGGAGAGUGCCCUGAUAAUACACGCCAUGGAAGGGGUGUUUGACCUGAUCAUCGUCGGGCGGCGGCACAAGGCGGACUUGACCCAGCUGUCCGGGCUGACGGAGUGGAACGACCUGCCGGAGCUCGGCCCCAUCGGAGACAUGCUCGCCGCCGCUGAUAUUAGCGCUCCGGUUUCGGUGUUGGUGGUGCAGCAGCAGUCUAUGAAGAACAGCAAAUGAUCUGCAAGUGUUUUGCUUCCUGUAGGACAGUACGUCUUUAAUGUUUUAGGUUUUUUUUAAAUAUGCAAAAGUUUAUGUAUCCAUGUGUAAAGUUUGGCCAUUGCUUAUAAUAGAAGCAGAAUUAGAUGGACUCUCAUUUGCAUGGGGAUGUUGUGUUUGUUGGGAGAAAUUCCUAUACCUAGUUUUGCCUACUCUCAUUCAAUCAACAGCGUUGUGGUCU